CUUUGGUUUCAUUGGUCACACUGGUUUCGAGCAGAAUAAAUUGCAAUUUGCACAAAACAUUUAAAAUAUAGCCUUAAGUAAGCUAAGCUGGCAACAGUGAUUAGGAGCAACAGAUACUUUCAAGAUGCCCAAAGAGGACGCGGAACUGGCGGGGAGCUCCGCAGCGACCGCCAAAGACAGCAACGAGGUGCCGCCGGUGGAGAACGCCAUCAAGGAAACCGAUGCAUCCGUUCCCGCUUCUGCCCCUGGCUCGGUUAGCGUCUCUGCCAGCGGCAGCAGCGGCUCGGCCACGCCUCCGCCCGCCAACGAGGAAGCGGACGAGGCGGAGCUGCUGGAGCGCAUGCGCGGUGACGCUGUGGGCGAGACCAUGUACAGCAGCCGGUUCAUCCUGCAGACGGUUAUGAAGCUGGUGCAGCUGCAGCCAGAUUCCCCACUGGAGCAGCAACUGGAGGACGACCUGUGCAAGGUGUGGGACAUGUCUGUUUCCCCCGAGGUGGUUACUCUUCUCCUGGAGAACGACGCCGUUGAUCCCAUCAUGUACUCGCUGAUUGAUGGCUGUGAGGAUGUGCGGCUCUACGAGAUCCUUAUUGGACUGCUGGGCAACAUGUGCGCCCAGGUGGAGUGCGCCGAGCUGCUCACCUGCUCACCCCAAUCGAUGGAGACGCUGUUCAAGCUGGCCAACUGCCUGGACACCGGUAUGCUGAUCCAGCUGAUGCGCCUCUACCAGUACAUCAUGGCCCAUGUGCUGAGCGGCAAGGAGCAGUUCGCCGUGGACUGGUACGUCUGCUUUGCCGCCUUCGAGAACUCUGCCCAGAAUCUGGGCAGGAUACUGCAGCAGUCCGUGAGCGAUGAGCUGCUGAUAGCCGCCCUCAAGGCAACCAAUGCCAUCUUGGCCAGUUGCGCCCUGGUGGAGGAGGAGAAUGCCAACUCGUCGCUUAACUUGAAGCCUUUUGCGGAGGUCUUUCUCGUGCAGGAACUUUGCGAUGGAGUCAAUAGCGCCUUCCUGCGACUCAUGCGCGAUGAUCAGGCCAAGCUGGCCGAUGAGGAGGGAGGUGAGGAGAACGGAGAAAUACCAACUGCUGCCGGCGUUGCCCCCACGGACAACGAAGAGGAUGCCGACGUGGGUUACAAGUCGUGCGCUCCGAAAAUAACCUGUGAUGUGGAGAUCAUACAAACCUACCUCAACAUAUGCACUAUACUGGUUCAGCUGCCCGAGGCGCAGGCCUCCAUGGAUGUUUACGCGCCCAGCAUAGUCAAUUGCCUGACGCGGAUAUUGCAAUUCCUGCAACAGCCGCUACAACUCAUUCCAUUGGGCGAGCGACAGGAGGAGUAUCUGGAGGAUCUGGCGCACAUAUGGAGUCGCCUCAAGUACUGCUAUCAGAAGGAGGCUUUUACCAACCUUCUGGAAGUCUGGUACAGACUGAAGCAGCACACGGAUAACUAUACGGAGAAGGACGAGGAGGCCAGCGAAUUUGAGGAAGAUGAUGAGGAAGACGCUCCCAAGGAGCAGUAUGUGGAGAAUGCUUUUAAAAUGUUGCGGCUGCUGGCCUGCGUGUUGAUUAAGGCGGAAAGCGCAGAUCUCCAAGAGAUGAGCAAAGAGAAAGUGCGGCUUUUUGUGGCCUCUCUGAAGGCCGAAGAGGAUGCCGAGUUCUCCAAGGCCCUCGAAUCCCUGAGCGAUUAUACGGAUAACGAGUCGGCGGGCCAAGCCUAAAAAAAAAUACCUCCAUGAAGGGAAAAAACAAAAAAAUGACUGAGAUUGUAGCUUACAGCACAAUAUAUUCUUAACUUAA